AUGACACCCAAAGUAAUCCAGCUUAGCGGCUCGUGCAAUAACUACCCUUGGGGAAGGAAGGGAUUCCAGAUCGACGAUGACAAGGUUUACUCCGAGAUGUGGUUUGGCGACUAUCCCGACUUCCCAGCCAAGUCUGUAGAGACGGGAGAGCCGCUAGCCGACAUCCUCAAGAAGCACCAAGUGGAAUUGCUAGGGGAAAACGUGGUCAAAAACCUCGACGCGCAGCUCCCAUUCCUCCCAAAGAUCCUCUCCAUCUCCAAGGCGCUCCCCUUACAAAUCCACCCCAACAAAGAGCUCUCGGACGAGCUGCACAAGAAAGACCCCGAAAAGUUCACCGACCCCAACCACAAACCCGAGAUCGCCGUGGCCCUCUCCAAAUUUGAAGUCUUUGCCGGGUGGAAGCCUCUCUCCGUCGUUUCCGUGCUGCUCAACAUCCCCUCCCUCCGCCGCUUCAUUCCCGAAGGCACCACGUCGUGGACCAACGACACGCUCAAGGAGGUCGUACGAGGACUUCUCAAGGCCGACGAGGCUCUCGUCAAGGAGGUCGAAGACGAUUUGAAGCGGCGACCGCGCAGCGAGCUCGAUCACCUCGGAGCAGUACGGGUCCACCGACCCCGGGUGCUGGUGGCGCUGCUGUGCAUGAACUUUCUCGUGCUGGAGCCCGGGGAGGCGCUCUUCAUCCCCGCCGACGGCAUCCACGCGUACCUGUCGGGCGAUAUCGUCGAGUGCAUGGCGCGGUCCAACAACGUGUUGAAUAGCGGGUUUUGCCCUCGCGCGGACCGCGACAGCAUCGAUCUCUUUGCCGAGACCCUCACGUUCAAGGCGCUGGGGAAGAAGGACAUCAUGCUGCCCGCCAAGGACUCGGAGAGCGGUGCCAAGGGAUACACGGUCGAACCCAAACCUCUUAUGAAUUCAAACAAGCUAGUUUCCGGCCGAUACCCCCACUUCUGCGCCGCCACCGAGCCACCAUCCACCAACAAGUCCGCACCCGUGAUAAACGAGCUAUCCACGCUCGCAAGAAACGCCACCGCCCGCGCAACAUCCUCCGACGUCCCGAUCCUCCGCACCGGGGCCCCGUCCACGAGCCUACAUCUCCCGCGCCGCCGGCCGCUCAGCUCACCCCGCCCCAUGGCCGUCGACACGACACCCGGGCUGACCGUGUUGACGCGCGCCCCCUUGCGGCCCCACGCCACCGCGGCCGCCUGCACCCUGAGGAUAUUAGCCCUCUUGGCCAGCGCGUCCGCCGCCGGCGCGGUCGCCAAGUGCCUCUCCAUAUCGGCGGAUAAGGGCAGGUCCACGCGACGCGGUAAAGGCGUCGAUGACGUGCGCGGUGCCGACGAGGUCGAUGGCCAGGACGCGGUCGGGCGGGGCCUGCGCGGGGACACGCCCGCCGUGUGCACCACAGCCUCGAGUGCCGCGCGCGGCGGCUUGGGCGAACGCGGUGACGGAGGUGCUGUCGGCUACGUCGAUUUCGUGCGUCUCGAGUUGGAAGCCCUCGGUGCGAAGGGUGGCGGCGGCUUGGUGGAGCGUGGUGGGGGACAAGUCGGCGAGCAGGAGGAGGCGGCCGGUACCGAGGCGGCGGGCGAUGGCGAGGCCUAUUCCGCCGAGGCCGGUGAUGGCGAUGAUUUUGAGGGCGGGGUGUGGGUGGUCAUGGUGAUUGCGGUUAAGGUGGUGUAG